AUGGAAGAAAACUCUACAGCCUCCGAUCAGAAUCAAUUCCAGGCCAAUUUCCAAAUCCCAUUCGAUUAUUUUGUAUCCAAGAAACACAAGGCAAUUGGGAGCGGUUGUGUUUUAGGUUUCACUGAUUCAUUCGGUAAUUAUGUGUACGGAGUCCAGCAUUUAUCCCAGAAAUCAAAAGAUCAUCCACACUGCAUAAAGCUUUUUCUCGAUGCAUCUGGCGAUACCCUCUUCUCCAUACACCGAGUAAAUAAGGGGUCAUGGCAAUGUUUUAGGGGAAAAGAGAGCAGAGAGGAGGAGUUGAUAUUCAAAGUAGAGAGGACAGUAGAUGAAUUUACCAGAACUGAGUUUGAAAUAUCACUUAGCGGUGAAAAUGAUGAAGACUCAAAGACUGAGCUCAAGAUGAAAGGUUCCCCUUUCAAGAGAUCCUGCACCAUUUAUAAAGGCGAUUCGAUCGUGGCUGAGACUAGCCUCAUGCACAAGCUGGGGAUCAAGAAAAUGUUUGUUCCAAGGAGCCGAUUUCGAGUAACUAUAUUUCCUGGAUGUAGUGAUCACAGUUUAGCUCUAGCUCUUGUUGUAAUAUUUUUUGAUGGAAGAAAACUUUGGAUAUGA